UUUAUUUAGAAUUGCAGUAUAAUUUAUCUACUAUGUUCAGUUCUGAAAAUAGGAUUUGUGUAUGUUUGCAGGGAGUUGGUGUCAAUGCUUGUGUGGAAGCUGAGAUUCCCAAGUUUAUCACUGACGUUGUUGGGAAGACUCACUUUCCAGAUUAAGCUAGGAGAGUUCAACUUCACUUCUAAGCAUCAAACCUUCACGAUCUCCCGUAUAUUUACAGUGGCUCAGCGUGCAUCACUCCCAGACUUUGUGGGCGAUGGUGGUCAACAUGAUCAGAAUCCAAUAUCAAGUUUGGUGCCGGUUGGUAAUAGUAGCACUGUUUUUGAGACCUCUGGUGACAAGGCAGCUGAACUUGGUUCAACUACAGAAAAGAACCAUCAAACUUCGUCAUCUGCUACGCCAGAAGAAGGGCCUUCUGCAACAAGCACACCAGCUGUUGAAGCAGAAGAGAAUAAGAAUAAGAAGCCACGAUUGGCAUAGAGUCACCUGAGAGUCGCACCCCACCACCGCAUUUACUUUCAUUUUUAAAAUCUUUGUUUUCAUUUGCUUUAUAUCUUAAGUUUUAGCAACUUCGUAUUUUAGACUCUUAUGGUGGUGCAUGUUUUACUUAGGAAUCCAAGUUUUUCUCUUAUUAACAAAAUCUUGGUUCAAAUUAAUUGACAAUGAAAAUCUAAAACAAUAAACUCCAAUGUAACUAAAUGUUUGGGAAAAAAAUACUAAGACAAUAAACUCCAAUGUAUAACUAAAUGUUUGGGAAAAAAUUAAAAUGAGUAUAAUAUUUAAUCAUAAACUAUUUUUGCAGCAGGUUACUAACAAGAUCAUAUUGACAUUAUAUUUUCUACACCUUGCUGUUACAUUUUUUUUUUUUUUGUAACACUCCUUGCUGUUACAUUGUAAUCUAUUACAAUAAAUAACCAUAACUUUCCAUACACAUAGAUGAACCAUAACUUCUUUACUCUUAUUACAGUGUAGCUCAUAGAUCCAAUAUACUACGAAAGUUAAAGUUGACCGGGUCAUUGUUACAUGUAAGAAACCAAAAAAAAUUAAGAACCAUAACUAUUCAUACAUAUAUAUGAGCCAUAACAUCCUCACUCUUAUGAUAUAAAAAAUAACAAAAUUUCAAUAAAUGACAAAUAUAAUCAAAAUUAAAAUUAACAAAAAAAGAGUUUGAAAGACAAAAAAUAAAAAGAUACAACAAAUAUAACAAUAAAAUUAUUGAAAAUACAUAUUUUAUCCAAAAAGACAUAAUAUAACAAAGAAAAUCACAUAGUGUUCGUAUACUUCAUUUGAAACGUUUAAUUUAGUGUAAUCUCAA